ACAAUUAAUCACCUUCCCUUCGUUCUUGUUCUGCCAUGCUGCUGUACUAGCGGAAGAGUCUUUUUUGGCAAGUUACUUUGGGUUUAUCACUUUGAACUAUAACAACAUGGAUUUGACAAGUGGCUCCCUGAUGUUUGUCGUGGCUCUUUUGCUCAUCACUACAAUAUUUAUUAAAAUUUCACAAGGAAGAAUUCUCAUCCUUCCAGCUUGUCCAAGUCCAACUCCGCCUGUUGUGAGUGGCCUUGCACUCCUAGGACUCUUACCAAUGCUGUCCAAAAAGGGUCUACAAUCAACUAUUUAUGAUCUUUAUACCAAGCUUGGUAGUGUGUUCACAAUUAGUUUUUUUGGGCCGAAGUUAACCUUCUUGAUUGGACCAGAGGUCUCUGCUCACUUCUUUCAAGGUUUGGAUUCAGACAUUAGCCAUGGUAACCUUUUUGAGUUCACUGUACCCAUGUUUGGCAAGGAGACUGGCUAUGGCGUAGACAUCAACAUUCGUAAUGAGCAAGCAAGAUUCUAUGUUGAUGCACUAAAGCCAUCCAUGUUGAGGAGACAUGUUGGUCCCAUGCUUCAAGAAGUAGAGGAGUACUUUGCAAAGUGGGGACAAGAGGGCGUAGUUGAUAUAAAGCAAGAACUCGACCAAUUAGUCAUGUUUAUCGCAAGCCGAUGCCUACUGGGAAAGGAAGUUCGGGAGAAGAUGUUUGAUGAGUUCUUUACACUAUUCCAUCAAAUCGAAGAAGGUGUGAACUUGAUUAGUUUUCUGUUCCCAUAUAUCCCCAUACCAACAAAUCGUCGACGUAAUAACGCUCGUCUGAAGAUGUUGAAAGUACUCUCGGAAAUUGUUAGAUCGCGGAAGAGCUCUAACCGGUCAGAAGAUGAUACUCUACAAAGACUCAUUGAUUCAAAGUAUAGGGACGGUCGCUCCACAACAGAAGCAGAGGUAACUGGGACUAUCAUUGGCUUGAUAUUUGCAGGGAAGCACACUAGCUCUCAUACUAGUACUUGGACCGGAGCUUGCCUACUCAGUGAUGCAAAAUUCUUAACUGCUGCUAUUGAGGAGCAAAGGAGAAUCAUCAGUAAAUAUGGUGAAUGUAUAGACUACAAUGCCCUAUCAGAGAUGGUUACUCUGCACAGUUGCAUCAAAGAAACACUAAGGUUGCAUCCUCCAGCACCCAUGUUGGUGCGGAAGGCACAUAAGAACUUCAGUGUGCGAACGAAGGAAGGUAGAGAAUAUGUUAUCCCGAAAGGCCACACCGUGGCAAGUCCUGUACUGGUGAACAAUAUCAUCCCAUACAUUUAUAAGGACCCUGAAGUGUAUGAUCCAGAUCGGUUUAGUAUUGGAAGAGAGGAGGACAAAGCAGGUGGCAAGUUCUCUUAUACAUCGUUCAGUGCGGGUAGGCACGUUUGCACAGGAGAAGCAUAUGCAUACCAGCAAAUUAAAGUUAUAUGGAGCAAUUUGCUUAGGAAUUUUGAACUAAAAUUGGUCUCACCUUUCCCAAAGACGGACUGGAGUAAGUUUUUACUAGAGCCUCAUGGGAAAGUAAUGGUAAGCUACAAGAGACGUGCAAUUCUUGGCGCGUAGAUUAUGUGUUGCUUGUACAAGAAAUAAGAAUUACCCAUGUGUGUGUCCAAUAUACAUGUGGAUAAUUUGUAGCCUUGAAAUUAAGCAUGUAUGUUUGCUUUGUGUGUAAUAUCUUUGAAAUUGUGUGUCUAUAUUUGAGUGUGUAAUAUCCAUGUAAUCAUGCA